UAAGUUUAGUUGCUAUUCACUGGUGGCGGCGCGUCUACCCGAGAAGCUCGAGAUUGCGCGCUCUCGCUUUUUUGUGAAAGAGAAUUUAAAAUAUACUACAAUCGAGUAUUAAGUUUUAUAUAAAUUUUUAACAAAAUCGCAACUAUUUUUUUUUUUUUCAAUUCAAUUUCUAUGCUUAUUUGCUUGCUAAUUGAUAGUGAUAUAAACAAUGAGUCCAACAACAACAAUCGAACGCGGCAAUGCACAAAAUGAGCUCUUCUCACGCUCCGAAGUUGAGAGAAUAUUGAGCAAUAUGCUCAAGUCGAAGACAAGUGGUUUGCUAUUGGAAUACGAAGUGGUGCCGGAGUGUGGACCAACCGGUUACCUGGGCGAAUAUUUUCAUUUGCAAUUGAAAUAUCGCACCGCUGAGUCCAGCAAUACUCAAACCACACGUUUAUUUGUGAAAACUUUGCCUUAUCAAAAUCCCAAGAUGACAGCGUUCAUUGAAGCUUGUGGCAUGCUCACCAAAGAGGCUGCAAUCUACGAGCGUCUCUUGAAUGAAUUGAGAAAAUUGACAACGACCAUCUGGUGCGCUGAAUGCUACUUUACACGUCGCGAUCUCUUUGUCAUGCAAAAUAUUGUCGACAUGGGCUAUGAGCCGGUGCAGGAGCCAGCGGAAUUCCUAACAGAAUCACAAAUGAAUGUACUGCUGAAGAGUCUAGCCACCAUGCAUGCCUGUAGUAUUGUGUAUGAGGAAAGGAAUCGCGUGAGUAUCGGUGAGGAGUUGAACGAUGUGCUGAGAGAGAUGACUGUGACGCCGGAUGUUGUAUUUUAUACAGCGGGCGUGAGGGCCAUUCUUGCAGUGGUGCAAGUUCAUCCCGCCUACCAAUGUGAGGUAAUGCAGAAAUUCAUCGCCGACGAGCUGCCACGGCAACUAGAUAGUGUUUACGAAAUGGUUAAUCCAUCUAGAAAAUAUCGCAACGUUUUCUGUCAUCGUGAUCUCUGGGGUGGAAACUUCUUCUUCAACAAAUCCCAGCCUGACAAGCAGCCAGUGGUGCUUGUAGAUUACCAGUUGGCGCGUUAUAGUCCACCCGCCAUUGAUGUGCUCAUGACGAUCUAUCUCAAUAUAACACCACAGCAAAGAGGAGCAAUGAAGCAGCAGUAUUAUGAGACGUACUACAACUACUUUGCUGCCGAACUCAAGCAGCAGGGACUGGACGCAGCACAACAGCUUAGUCGAAGCGAAUUUGUGCAGUCACUGCAAGCGUUGGAGCUGUUUGGCGCACUCUACAACUGCAUCUCAGCGACUAUCUUACGCGUACCCGGUGAUUAUCUGAAAAAUCUAAAACUAAAUCAUCCGGAUGCCUUUCAUCGCUACACAAAUGUCGAUCGCGUUAAGGAGGUGCUGGAGUUGCUGAAAAUUGAUCGAAAAUUCAGAGAAUAUAUAAUUGAGUGCAUCGACGAGAUGAUGCACUUGUUGCUGUAGUAAUUUGAGUAAUAAAACAAAAAUUAAUUUAAAAUUACAAAAA